AUGGAAAACUAUCAGAAGAUUGAGAAGAUUGGAGAGGGAACAUAUGGUGUGGUCUACAAAGCUCGCGAUCUUACCCACCCCAAUCGAAUUGUCGCACUGAAGAAAAUUCGCCUGGAGGCCGAAGAUGAAGGCGUCCCCAGCACCGCCAUUCGAGAGAUCUCUCUCCUGAAAGAAAUGCAUGACCCCAACAUAGUCAAACUCCUCAACAUUGUUCAUGCAGACGGCCACAAGCUUUAUCUUGUUUUCGAAUACCUGGACCUGGAUCUGAAAAAGUACAUGGAGGCACUCCCCGUGAGCGAGGGUGGUCGUGGAAAAGCCCUGCCAGAUGGAUCGACAUUGGAUAUGAACAGACUCGGACUCGGAGAGGCUAUGGUCAAGAAGUUCAUGGCUCAACUGGUCGAGGGCAUUCGCUACUGCCAUAGCCAUCGGGUUCUCCAUCGCGAUCUGAAACCUCAAAAUCUCCUAAUCGAUCGUGAGGGAAAUCUUAAGCUGGCGGAUUUUGGCCUGGCUCGAGCCUUCGGUGUCCCAUUGCGUACAUAUACCCAUGAGGUUGUUACGCUCUGGUAUCGCGCCCCGGAAAUCCUUCUAGGCGGGCGCCAGUACUCCACUGGUGUCGACAUGUGGUCUGUCGGCGCUAUAUUCGCAGAAAUGUGUACCCGCAAGCCCCUGUUCCCAGGAGACUCCGAAAUUGACGAGAUUUUCAAGAUUUUCAAACUCUUGGGUACACCGGAUGAGAGUACCUGGCCCGGUGUCACUUCAUUCCCCGACUUCAAAGUUUCAUUUCCUAAAUGGAAGCGUGAAGAGACGCGAAAGCUGGUUCCCGGCCUGGAACGCAACGGUCUAGAUCUUCUGGAUGCUAUGCUUGAAUAUGAUCCCGCACGGCGCAUCUCCGCAAAACAAGCCUGCAUACACCCGUAUUUCCAAGCUGGCAGCUCUGCAUAUUCUGGCCGCGAAAGAUUGCCUCCGUAUCCAGGAGCAACAAUGCCGUUAGCCGCUAAUUGA